AUGCAUUCAUCACGUACACCAAGGAAAUUUCCUGUUUUUGUAUUUCCUCAGAGUAUUACUUUUUAUUUAGAUGAUCAGUCAACACAUAAACAAGUAUUAACACUUUAUAAUCCUUAUGAAUUUCCAGUUAAAUUUAAAGUGCUAAGUACUGCUCCAAAUAAAUAUAAAGUAGUUGAUCCUGAAGGAACAAUUAAGUCAAGAUGCUGUGUGGAUAUUGUUGUAAGACACACGGCUUUACUAGCUGCCAAUUGCAAUGUAGUAGAUAAAUUUAGGAUUCAAAUGCAAGAACAUCCUACAAAACAAGUAAUAGGAAAACGAGAUGUCGAAGCUAAACUCUUAUCUGGAGUCAGUGAUCCAGGAAGACGUACUCCAGAUCCUGAGAUGUUUCAACAAUUACCUCUUAAUGAAACUAGACAACAAAGAAAUUAUUCAUUAGCUUCUCAAGCACGGACAAUAGAAAGAGGAACGAAUUAUAUAGCACUCAUUGCGGGAAUUGUCUGUAUCAUCGGGUUACUGUUACCUACCGAAGGAGAACAAAGUCUAAGCAUACCUGAAUAUCUCUAUCUAUCAGUUAAUUUCAAACUUAUAUUGUCUUUUGUAUUAGGAUUGGUUACAAUCAUAAUUUUGAGAUUGUAA